AUGGUUAAAGGUUACUUCAAACCAAAUUCCACCAUCUGUUUCAAAAAACGGUUGAUGAACCAAGUUAGAGCCCUAAAUCAAACCACCCAAAAUUACCGAAAAUUUAACCAAUUUCAAAGCAUCAAUAUAUCUUUCUGUUCUAAUGCUUUCAAGGUCUUAGCUGCAAAGGGUCUUCCACUCCAAGGGAAACGAUUACAUUCACCAAUGAUUAAGCUAGGUUACUGUAGCACGUUGUUAUUACAAAACCAACUGCUAAGUUCUUAUUUGAAAUGCAGCGAGUCCAGUGACGCCUGUAAACUGUUUGAUGAAAUGCCUGUUAGAAAUCUCAUGACUUGGAAUACUUUAAUUCGCGAUUCACAUGUCGGUUUGUGUUAUUUUAGAAGGAUGUUAUCGGAAGGGGUCAACCCUGAUCGUAUUACUUUUUUACAUUUAAUUAGCUUGUCGAGUCAAGUCGGGAGCAUUGAGAUGGGUAGACAGUUCCAUUGUCGUACAGUGAAAUCGGGUUUCUGUAAAGAUUGUCAUGUGAAUAGUUCUCUUGUUAAUUUGUAUGCCAAAUUUGGAUUUGUUAGCGAGGCGAGGCUGGUUUUUGAUGAUGCGGUGGAUAAAGAUUUGGUGUUGUGGAAUGUAAUGGUGUCUUGCUAUGCGUUAAAUGGAUCAAGGGAAGAAGGUUUUCGGGUCUUUACAAUGAUGCGUUUAGAGGGGGUUAAGGGUGAUGAUUUCACGUACACUAGUCUGGUGAAUUGUUGUGCUUCUCUAGCGUAUUGUGAUUUAGGAAAACAGAUCCAUGGUCUUGUCUUUAGAUAUGGGUUGGAUGGGGACAUGGUGUUGGCUAGUGCGCUUACUGAUAUGUAUGCAAAGAAUAAAAACAUCAUUGAUGCACGUCACGUGUUUGAUGAAAUGUCUCUAAGAAAUCUGAUCUCUUGGAACACUAUGAUUGUGGGUUACGGACAUGACAACAAUGGUAAGGAAGCUUGGAAACUCUUCACAAGUAUGCUACGUGACGAUUUUAACCCUGAUGAACUGACUUUAGCCAGUGUCAUUAGCUCAUGCUGGAAUCUCUCUUUAACCACUGAAAUCCAUCAGCUUCAUUCCUACUCGUUAAAAAUCGGGAUUCUUUCCUUUUUAUCGGUUUCCAACUCUCUUAUAAAUGCUUAUUCAAAAUCCGGGAAUAUUGCUUCUAGUUUCAAAUUAUUUAGCUCAAUAGCCAAACCUGAUCUUGUGUCAUACACUUGUAUGAUUCAAUCAUACGCCUUUCAUGGUCUUUCAAGAAACGCGAUCAAACUUUUCAAGAAAAUGGUGUCACUUGGUGUACCAAAACCCGAUAAAAUCACGUUUCUUGGUGUUCUUUCUGCAUUUAGUCAUGGUGGAUUAGUAACCGAAGGCCUCCAUUACUUUGAAUCCAUGACUAAAGACCAUGGGAUUGAGCCAGGGCUCGAGCACUACACGUGCCUAGUUGACCUUCUUGGUCGAGCCGGUUUAGUCACCGAGGCUUUUAAUGUUCUGGGUUCGAUGCCAAUGGCUCCUGGACCCGACACACUAGCGGCUUUUAUUGGACAUUGUAGGGUCCAUAAAGAUCUUGAGUUGGCUAAAUGGGCAAGUGAAAAGCUUUUGGUUUUGGAGCCAGAUAAGAAUGUGGGGUAUGCUGUUUUGUCGAAUAUUUUUGCUUAUUGUGGGAGGUGGUUUGAUGUGGGUGAGAUUAGGAAAAAGAUGCGGGAUAAUUGUUGUUUGAAGGUGCCGGGGUUUAGUUGGUUGGAGGUUGGUGGUGAGAUUCAUGGUUUUGUAUCGAAAGAUGAAGCUCAUCCACGAUGCUUUGAGUUGUACCGUGUGUUGGGAUUGUUGUACAGUUCGAUGCCCAUGGCUUUGAUUAAAAAGAAUUACUAA